AAUGGAUCGUUGACCGUUUGCUUACCUUCGGUCGGUUAGAUCCUAUUCCCAAAGAUGACGGUUACAUACUCAUCGGUUGUGGCAACUGCGAAAUAUUGGACUUUUAUAAGAUUAUUGUUUAUGUGGAAAGGAAGCGUUUAUCGUCUGGUUUGGUUCGAGUUUUUGGUCUUCGUCGGUAUAUACUCCGUUUUAUCUGUUACAUACAGGUUUAUCCUCAGUGCGACACUGAAGAGGUUAGUUAAAUUGUCCAAACGUUGACGCUGAAUAGCUACAUACAUAAAUGAGGUUUUUAGUUAACGUCUUAUUAGUGAAAAAUUGAAAUUAGUUAGUAGAUUUUAGAACUCACUCGUUUGUUGCAACCGUGUUCGUUGUGAUAAUCUCGGAUUUCCUGUCCGUUUCCUACCUUAUACAUAUGUACGUUUUGCCAAUAUGAACCCUUUCAAGGCGGUCUCCAGUUGACUUGGUGAUACACUCCAUAUAAAACUCUAAGGAGUCAUCAGUUAUCAAUUGGGUCAAUAUUGUCAUAAUAAUUUGUAGAAAGGACUUCGGAAUCCAAGAUCGAACCAGAUGCCUUUAAGGAUUUCUCGGAGUAAUCACCUCUUUAAACCUAAUGUCAAGUAUUUUGAGCUAUUGUGCAUCUAUUGUGGCCAGUACAACGAAACGGUCCCUGUAGCAUUCGUUUUGGGCUUUUACGUUUCACUUAUUGUUCAACGUUGGUGGGAACAGUUCCUAGCAUUACCAUGGCCUGAUCGUUUGGCUUUGUUUAUAACAGCUUUUUGUCAUGGGAACGCUGAACGCCCAACAAGAAUCAGGCGAAAUAUAGUUCGAUAUAUCAAUCUAUCUUAUUGUAUUGCUUUACGUGCAAUCUCAUCUCGAGCUCGCUUGCGUUUUCCAACAGAAGAACAUCUUGUUACUGCAGGAUUGAUGACACAAGAAGAAUUGGAUAUUUAUCGUAGUACUCAACCCAGUGAAUAUACUUUAUACUUUGUUCCGUUAGUAUGGGCCCUAGAUAUGGUUACAAAAGCUCGUGAAGAAGGCUACAUACGCUUUGAUAGAGCUGUAGAAAUUUUGACGAAUGAAAUCACAUCAUUUCGUAGUAAAUUAGGUACAAUAUUUGCUUAUGAUUGGGUUAAUCCUCCACUCGUGUAUACCCAAACUGUAACAAUUGCUGUAUAUGGAUAUUUUGGUACAUGUUUACUUGCAUGGCAGUAUUUAGACCCAUCGAAAGGAUACGAAGGUCAUGAUGUUGAUAUUUAUGUGCCAAUUUUCGGUUUACUACGUUUCUUCUUCUAUAUUGGAUGGCUGAAGGUUGCAGAGUCAUUAAUUAAUCCAUUUGGUGAAGAUGUUGAUGAUUUUGAAAUUGAAUAUUUAAUUGAAAGAAAUUUACAAGUUUCUUAUCUAAUUGUCGAUGGAAUGCAUCAUGAGCAUCCUGAUCUUGUACGUGAUGCAUACUGGAAUACUACAGACAUUGUACUACCAGACUGGACAAAAAUUGCAACUGAUGGCGGUGCUGCAGAAGCCAAUUUGGACGCAUCAGAAGGAGCUGAUAAAUUUAUUGGCUCGUUAGCAAAUAUUGAUGUUACCGAACGUAGACCAAGUGUAUUAUUUUGGAAUAGUUCAAAUCUGCACCGACGAAGGACAUCUUCAACGAGUGCAAAAUAAUUACUAUUAUUAUUCCAGCUGGAUUGGAGUUUUGAAAAUGAUUUGUACUUCUGAUUAAUAAACUCCUGACUAUUAUCUUAUAACUUGACUUAUUUCUUUAAUUUAUGUAUUGUUAGCGGGACAUAGUGGAUUAAAGCAUGCUCAAUGCACGAUUGCUUUGCUGCACGCUGAUUGGCUAAUUCUUAUCCAAUCAGCAACAGCCGACACUUGGAGAGUACUUUAGAAUCUUAUGUAAAAACUAUAAAUAUACUAACGUUUUCCCUCUUGCACUGCUUACUUCCAUCUAACCUUGUUGUUUGGAAUAUAAUCUCUUUCCUGUUCAACCGUGUUCUGAUUUGGGGACUAAGCAAUAGGAAUAGCUGGGUUGUAACCGUAAGAAAGAGAUUAUAACAUGCAUCUAUUAUCUCAAAGACAAUUAUUGAUUAUUGUAUACAUCUAUCUCCAAUUGUUGCUGUUUUUAUUGUCAUUAGUAAAUUUUAAUUAUCAUGUUCAACGUUCUUUCCAAAUAUUGAUUUUGUUAUUUUUCUCUAGAAGAUCUCCACAAAUAUCAUAAACAAUAAUUUUGAGCUUAGAUCUAUGACUUACAUAGAGAUAUAUCUUAAUGACAUAUGGAAAACAUCUUUUUUUUAAAAAAAUAAGUAUUACUUGUAUUUUUGUUUUUUAUUUGUAUAAUCCAUAAUGAAUUGACUAAAUUUUGGUGUUGUUGAUCUAAAAUAAUGUGAGAAAUCUUUUUGUAAUUUAAUUUGCCUUAAUUGAGAUUUUUAUUCACAUUGAACCAAACAAACAAUUUUGUUCAAUAAAAUUGAAAGAGGGAUAAUGAUGAUUGAAUGGAAUAUAUGAAGUACAAUCUUUUUUUCCAUACUUUGAAGAGUUCAAUUCUUAUCUUGAAUAUGAGAGUUAGAUGUGUAUUGUAAAAAAAAUCGUAUUUGAAUAAUAACAUAAUAAACAAAUUUAUUACUUAACCAU